UGUAUUUAGAAUGGGAUCAGAAGGACAUCAAGACAUUGACUUAGCCAUCCUGACAGCUCUUCUGAAAGGAGCAAAUGCAUCAGCACCAGAUCAGCUGAGCUUAGCCUUGGCAUGGAACAGAGUUGACAUUGCACGGAGUCAGAUCUUUAUUUAUGGACAGCAAUGGCCGGUGGGUUCCUUAGAGCAAUCCAUGCUGGACGCUCUGGUGCUGGACAGAGUGGACUUUGUCAAGCUGCUGAUAGAGAACGGGGUCAGCAUGCAUCGCUUCCUCACCCUCUCCAGACUGGAGGAGCUGUACAACACGAGACACGGUCCAUCAAACACUUUAUACCAUCUAGUCAGAGAUGUCAAAAAGGGGAACCUUCCUCCAGAUUACCGUAUCAGUCUGAUAGACAUUGGCCUUGUGAUCGAGUACUUGAUGGGUGGAGCAUAUCGCUGCAACUACACAAGGAAGAGGUUUAGAACUCUCUAUCACAAUCUCUUUGGGCCCAAGAGGCCAAAAGCUCUAAAACUACUAGGAAUGGAGGAUGACAUGCCUAUGAGAAGAGGCAGGCAGAAGACUACCAGGAAGAGAGAAGAGGAGGUAGACAUUAACUUGGAUGACCCCGAGAUCAACCACUUCCCCUUUCCCUUCCACGAGCUCACAGUGUGGGCUGUGUUGAUGAAGCGGCAAAAGAUGGCCCUAUUCUUCUGGCAGCAUGGUGAGGAGGCCAUGGCCAAGGCCCUGGUGGCAUGCAAGCUGUGCAAAGCCAUGGCGCACGAGGCAUCAGAGAAUGAUAUGGUAGAUGACAUAUCACAGGAGCUGAACUACAAUUCCAGGGAGUUUGGUCAGUUGGCAGUGGAGCUGUUGGACCAGUCCUACAAACAGGAUGAGCAGUUGGCCAUGAAACUGUUAACUUAUGAGCUGAAGAACUGGAGCAAUGCCACCUGUCUCCAGCUGGCUGUGUCAGCCAAGCACAGGGACUUCAUCGCCCACACCUGCAGCCAGAUGCUGCUCACAGAUAUGUGGAUGGGGAGACUGCGCAUGAGGAAAAACUCUGGACUGAAGGUCAUCCUUGGACUGUUGUUGCCACCCUCGAUCCUGAACCUGGAGUUCAAGAACAAGGAUGAAAUGUCAUACGUGCCCCAGGAUCAAGAGGCCUACCUCCAGGAGAAGGAGACAGAGGAGACUGAGAAGCCAGUGAAGGAGAAGGAAGAAGAGGACAUGGAGUUCACAGCAAUGCUGGGAAAAGUAAAUAAGGAAUCUUCCCGAAAAAAAGUUGUAGAGGAUGCCCAGAGCAGGCAAAGGCUAAUACCCUUUGGAAGAAAAAUCUAUGAGUUUUACAAUGCGCCCAUUGUCAAGUUUUGUUUUCAUACU